CGCUGAAGGAAAAUAUUGGCCACAGCAGAUACUUGGCAUUACAGACGCUACAGGAGCUGCGAGAACCUCCUCACAAUCUAUUCCUUCGUGCUCUUUCCAGCGCAAAAUUUGGAAAAAGUCGAAGGGAAAUUGAAUCUUUGCCUAAAACGCUGCAGGCCUCAUCUGACCUUCCUCUUGCCAGUCAUUCCACUGGUCACCUCUGUGGCAUCUCCUCCUCAGAAGUACUUAAAAAGACUUUCUUACCACUUAACUACUUGAAAGGGCAGAAGUUUCACCCUAAAAACUGAACAGUAGGAUUAUGGCAAAGAAGAACAGCCACAAAGAUACCUCGGGGGUUGUGUUCGAUACUCGCUCCAAGAUGGUCAUGUCCCAGGGAGGAACAGCGGAGAGGAUGAAGGAGAAGUUACCUGAGGAAAGUCAGGAUGGAACAAAGAGUUGGAUCAGUGCCGUCAGAGCCGUGGUUCCCAACAAAAGUAACAAUGAGAUAGUUCUGGUGCUGCAGCACUUUGAGAACUCUGUGGACAAAGCAGUGCAGGCCUUUUUAGAAGGCAGUGCAGCGGAGAUCCUGAAAGAAUGGAAUGUUACAGGCAAAAAGAAGCCCAAGAAGAAAAAGAAGCCAAAACCUGCAGAGCAGGCAGAGGCAGCGGAGGUUUCUGCAGUAGAUGGUGCUGUGGAGCCAGGCGACGAGAUGAACGGUUUCCAUGGUAAUGGGUCGGUCCUGGAUGAAUCCCUGGACUCUCUAAGUGAGCAGCUGGACUCCGCCUCUCUUGAUGCGGCUGAACUUGACUCAGAGCCCGCCACCUCUGAAAACACAGGGGCAGAAGCAGAGAGCCAGAGCAGUGCUCCAAGUCCCGCUUUAUGUGUUCAGGAGAGCAGAAAUCACCAGAGUCUUCGCGGAAACAAGCCUAGACAGAGGCCUGCUCCCUCCUCACACCCCCCAUCCUCCAUCCCCACAGACAACUGUCAACAAGGAACCAAGAAAAUAGCUUCUACAGUUGACCGCUCUGUGAAGGACUUGCAGCGGUGCACGGCAUCACUCACUCGAUACAGGAUGGUGGUGAAGGAGGAGAUGGACUCUUCUAUCAAGAGAAUGAAGCAGACGUUUGCAGAACUCCAGAGCUGUUUAAUGGACAGAGAAGUCACCCUUUUGGCAGAAAUGGACAAAGUGAAAGCUGAAUCCAUGAUGAUUUUGGAUGCGCGGCAGAAGAGAGCAGAGGAGCUUAGACGACUCACAGAGAAGUCAGCCUCAAUGUCGGAGGAGCAGCUCUCAGAACUACGAGCAGAUAUCAAGCACUUUGUGAGUGAACGAAAAUACGAUGAAGAUCUGGGGAAGGCUGUUCGAUUCACCUUUGACCUUGAGCCGUUAAAGACGAGCAUCACAGGGUUUGGAUCAGUGUACCAUCCAAACACAGGGUACUCAAACAGGUCUCGCUGUAGCUCCACCUCCUCCUCUGUGACCGGUCCACAAGAAACUCCGCCCCCUCCGCAGACCCAAAACACUUCUACUGAACCCCGACCCCCUCCCACCAAACAGAUUUUCCAGGGGAACCGGCGCACGUUCCAGGGGCAGGGCUAUCACUCGGGCGGGCAGCGAUACAAUGGCAGCUCCUACCACAACCGCAACCACCACGGUCACCAUAGAAACAACCAGGCCGACAACAACAACCAGACCUCACAGCAGCAGCACCCGCACAGCUCCAGAGGUCCACCCCACCCCCCCUCCUCCUCGUCCUCCAACCACCACAACGGGCUGCCCCAAAGAACCCCCCGGAUGCAGUGCCCAUGACAACGGAGAACCAACCAGAACCGUCCGCUAGGCCCCUGCUCCCGUCUCAAUGAAGAAUAGAAUACAAGUUUACAUAUUUCCAUUAAUGGAGCUGUAGUGCCACUUCUACACUGCAAAAUGAGACGUAUGUAGGAUGGGUUAAAAUUAUGUGAAUUUGAGUUUGAAAAGUUUUGAGCAGGUUUCAUUUAUUUUCAUAUUAACUAGAUUAUUAAACUUGAUUAAUAGCAUUUCUGUUUGAUUAAAUAGAAAUUAUGUAAAAUAACUAGUUUAAAUUUCUUUUAAAAAUCUACCAAUGAGGUAAACAAAAUGUAUCUUAUUUCAAGUGCAAUUUUCUAACCUCCUUCUUUUGAAACAAAAAGUUAAUGAAAUCAUGUAAUAUCUUUCAGAUUUUUUCUACUAGGUUGCAUGUAUUCACUUUUUAAGUUGCCAUAAGAGCAAAAUUCUACUUGUAGAAUAAAUAUUUGGCUGCUCUUUUUGGCUUGAUAUAAUAUUAAACAAAAAAUACAUGUAUAUUUAAAUCUGUCAGAAUUAGAAAUGAAGAAGAAAUCAAGUAACAAUUAUCAAGAAAAAUAAAUUUAACUCCUCAAAACUUAUCAAAUUAAGACAUUGUAUUCAACUCAUUUUAACUUGUUCAGAUAUGCCCUUACUGGCAGUGUGUCUACAUUAGUCUGCUCAUCCUUCAAACUUGAAAAGCUCUCACAAUCCCUCUCUUUCUCUUUGUUCAUUUUUUCUUUCUAUCUUUAUCUCGCCAUGCUUCUGUCUGUCAAACCUUCUCGCGUCUUUUAGAAAACCAUUUGAUCCGACUAUAAUAUCAACGGCAACACUGUUUGAAGUUUGCAAGUCUGCAGUACUUUUUGCUCUUCUUGCUUUGGUUCAUGUUUGUAGUCUCAUUUUGUUGCAUCCCUUUUUCUUAAAUUCCCAAGACAUUUCAGGUUUUUCACUACACGAUUUAGAAGCAUCUGACAUUAACAACAAAAUGGACACAAUCAACACUACAGGCUAUUGUUAAUCUUUGAACAUAUCAAAUACACUGUAAGUUCGAGCUUGUUCUAUGGCUGCUACGAAACCUAGAAACAAAGUGGGUAUAGAUUCAUUAUUGAAAAAGAGAUUGCUUGGCCCUAUAAUUCUUGCCUUCCUAUAUUGGGGCCAGUGUGGUGGUGGCUGUCGUGUCGUCUUGCUGGCUUGCUGUUCCUUUUCUAACCACCAGAGGGCUUGUUACCUUUUUUGUAGAAUAUUGUUAAAAUUGCAAAGUCGAUUUUCACAAAAACUUGCCCAAGCGCUGUAUCAUAGCUGGAAAUUUUGUCAGACAGUUUUCUUCCAUGUCUGUCCUUUAUUUGAAUAUAUAUGCACUUAACAUGGUAUAUAUAUGACUUGCUUGCCUUUAGUCACAGAUUUCACUAUUGCCUUUUUCUUAUGACAUGGAUGUGAAAAUAUGGUACAGUUUUGUGUUGGCAAUGCACAAUUUAUACUUUGUAUGUUUGACAAAGCCUUCAAGACCCUUCCCUAUUACUGCGAAAAACUGAAAAUCAACAAGUUACAAUGGCUUAAAUUCACAAUAUCUAGAAUUUUGUACUUGUUUUAAAAGUGCUCUAUGAAACCUUUCUAGUGUGUAGAAAGGAGAUGAUAUGUCUAUGUCUGGAAUGUUCAUCAGUACAGUAGUUAUUUGAUAACAAGAAUUUUUCUUGCUCAAAAAUACCUUCAAAAACAUUCUUACUGUGAGCUGCCUCGCCACUCCAGAGAUCCGAUCUUUAACUUAGCGUGGUGGUUUGUGUCCAUGGAUAUAGGCUUAGCUAAUGUCAUACUGUCAAAUAUUCUAGGCAAAGCAAUAACAUCUCCAUGGAAACAAGCAGGUGGCAGAAAAGUUAAGUAGCGCGUCUUUAAUUGCAGUUUCUUCACAUCCCAAGUUCUGAAUUCAAGCCAGUUUAACUUGUAGGUUUACACUUUUUUUUGCAAAACUCCCCAACUUUUCUAUUUAAUAUUUCACUUAAUCUCUGAACGUAAAAGCGAUCAAACUUUAAUUAACAAAUGCAUUGUUAGCUGAAAAUUGGCUGUUCUUUUGAAUGUGGCUGGUUCCAUUGGUUAGUGAACAAAACACGGGCCAUUACCUCAUUACAAAUCAUUUAAUUGUGGUAGUUUAAUAUUAUUUUCUUGCUGUGAGCUUGCAUAAAGGGACCCCUAGCAAUGAAUUCCUUAGUUUUUUGUAAAUAUGGACAAGCUGUAGUGUACACUGUUGUUACAUUAUAGCUGCAACUUUAGUUUUUGAUCUUCCCUGAUGUGGAAUAGGGAAGCAAUCUUAUGUUUUUUCUAUCUGUAAUUAAAAGCAGAUUUUCAUUUGUGACUAAAUCUUUGCUACAUGAAGUUAGUGGAAAUUGUGGCAAGUUGGGAGACACUUUUUGUGAUUAUUUUUGCAGCCAUAAUAUUGAAUAUGUGCAGUUAAUGGGAUGUUGAGUGUGUUAUAGUUUGAAUUAUACAAGUGCUGGUCGAGGUUGGAAGUUGCUUGUAAUCAGGGCUUUGUAUUAACAUAGUUCAUUUAGCCACUGUGGGUACUGUUUCUUAAAAAUACCACAUAUUUAGGAUUUAAUGUUGAUUAAUUAUUUACCACUGAAAAUGCAUGCCUUAUUUUUUAUUUGUAUGUUUUAAGUUCAGUACAAUUUCUCCAUUCAUAUUUUCCCGUAGAUGACAAAUUAUUUGAGAAAAAUGUUGAAAAUCCACACCAAUGAUGAAUGUUAGUCACUUUUUUUUUUGGUUCACUAUGGCCUUUUUUUAAUUUAAUUUUAUUUUGUAGUUUCUUUUUGUCCCACUGGAAUGUAAAAUUUCCUUAAUUAUCACAGAUUUAAAAAAAUUAUAUAUAUAUAUUUUUUUUUUGGACAAAGAAACAGUCUACUUUGUUGCUGGUUUAAUUAUGUGUUGAAAUCCAAUAUGCUAAAACUGCUUGAGUGUUGAUAACCAAAAUUGCAGUUUACCCACAUUUGACUGGUUAGCUAUUGUUACCAUCUAGCCCUAGAUUAUAAUGUAACUCUCCUCGCUGCAUUGACUGACUUGGACUGCAUCCUAUUUGUUCACAUACCUCCUUGACUCCUCCACUGUAUGUCCUUCAUUAUAAAACCAAUUGAGAACUUCUUAUCUAUUUGUGUGGGGUUUACAACUAAGGAAUCAAGGAGGCAAGUGAUAUGAAUUGGAGGCAGCCAUUGGGGAAUCCUCUAGCACUUCCUGUAUUUACAGGGUGUAAGAGGAACUCAAAAUUUGGCACUUUUCUUCCAGUACAUGUGAAGUUUGUAAGUGCUGGAAUUGAGAUUUUAAGUUAGUUUUUCUGUUUUAGAUUUUUCCUCAUUUUGAUUUCAGCCAACCAUUUCUUUUUGACAUUCCAAACAUAGGGAAUAUUAGUUUUUCCACCAAAGAAUAUUUCAUUUUGUCUUGUUAAGCCUGUUUUCUUAUCAGUCUCUUCCUAACGGGAUGCAUUCACACUCUCUCCUUCCCAAUUAUAUUUGAUUUCUUACUGUAUAAACUUUAUGUAGCUAUAUAAUUUGUGCUCACAUGGGGCAUUUUGUAUGUGAUAUUCAUAUUAUUAGGCACAAAGGAGGUUGUGACAUUAGCAUUUGUUGAGUUUUUUUUUUCCCUAUUUGAGCUUGUGUCCUUUUUCAAAUCUUUGAGACAACUGUAAACUGAAGUGCCUUUCUUGUCUCCCACCAACUCAUUAUGAAAUGCCUCCACCAAAAUAUGGACCAAAGACAUUCAAACCGUCCUUGAAACCCGCUCUCUCUCCUCACAGAAUGGCACACUUUUCAUUUACUACAAAUAAACUGUUUGCAAUAUA